UAAGACUAGAACUUUAUUUCGAAUAACAAACAAAUUGAGAAUUAGGAAAUCGUAUAUAAAAAGUAUAACAAAAAAUUGUAAAUAAAUUCAAACCGGAGAAGAUUACUAGGAACUCGAGGAUAAUGUCGCAGUAUUGGGAUCGCUAUGUACGUCCUGGCCUGAAUCAGUUGAACUUUAACAUGCCUUCCUUUGGUGUGAAAGCCACCGGCUCGCUGUUGUGGAAGCGCGUCACAUUUUUGGUGGCCACACCAAUCGUUGGCCUGUGCAUGAUCAAUGCCUAUCGCUCGAUCGAUGAGGAGAAAAAGGACAUCGCCUCCCAACAGCCGUUCGUCAAGUAUGAAUACAUGCGUCGUCGCAACAAACGCUUCCCCUGGGGCAACGGGGAUCGCAGUCUGUUUCACAAUCCCAACACCAAUGCGUUGGCCGAUGGCUACGAGCUUUAGUGUGGAUCGUUCUAAUGUUGUUUUAUUUGUUUUUGGUCAUUUUCUAUUGUCUGGUUUUUUGGUUGGUUGUCAAGUCAGAAGUCAGCCGAGUCGCGUCUUAUUUUCGUGCUUUACAAGAAAUGCAUUUUGACAGCUAUGCAAAUAAAGCCAAUUGAACCAAACAA